UGUCUCAGCCUCCUAAAUCCCUGGGAUUACAGGUGUGCACCAACACACCUGGCUCCUAUAGAACUUUUAAAAAGUUGCAGAAAAGUUGUUUUCACUUUCCAGUGGAGAAAUUCACCAUUUUGUCAUGAUCUGCAUGCACUACAAGGCGUGUAGUGGGAAUGUAGAAGAAGCUGUCCUCUCUCUUGAAAGACACCAGUUAGUCAUAUGGAACUUCCAGAGCUCAUGUUUGUCUGGUACUGUUACAUGAUGAGAGGCUUCUGUUUUGGGUAGUCCACAGCUGCUGCUUGGAGCCCCGGUAACCCCACACGGACAUAGCCCAUUCUUCUGCUCCACCUUGAUCCAGCGACUAAAGGGUUGACAACUAGAGGCCUCUGGGGUGUAGCUUGAGCUGGUGGUUAAAUAUUCUGAACAUCAGCUGUGGGCCUCCCCACUGCCAUUGGUGGUUCCAACAAUGUUGGACUGAAGCAAAUGCUUGUUGGUUGGCAAGAAUAACGCACUGAACAACUUGGUCUGUUCUGCUGGGAGUAUCUUUGGGAGCAGGAUGAACACCAGGUCACCACAGGUCUUUGGGACAAUGCAAACGAUUAUGCUUAUCUGUCUUGGGCCUCUUUUGUCACACGUCGCUCAUCUGUGAGUUGAGGCUCUGACUCUCUUCCCACUGAGCUUUUUUGGAGAACAGAAGGAAGAGACAUUUCUCUCUGAAGAUGAACUCAACAGACCCCCUUCAGGAUGCCCCCAAUGCCACCUUGCUCCACGUGCCUCACCCGCAGGGAGGCAAUGACACCUCUCUCCAGGAGGAUCUUCAGGACCUCAUCCACAUGGCCACCUUGGUGACCUGCACUUUUCUGCUUGCCAUCAUCUUCUGCCUGGGCUCUUACGGCAACUUCAUUGUCUUCUUGUCCUUCUUUGACCCAGCCUUCAGAAAAUUCAGAACCAAUUUUGAUUUCAUGAUCCUGAACCUGUCCUUCUGUGACCUCUUCAUCUGCGGGGUGACAGCGCCCAUGUUCGCCUUUGUGUUGUUCUUCAGCUCAGCCAGUGGCAUCCCGGAUGCUUUCUGCUUCGCCUUCCAUCUCACCAGUUCCGGCUUCAUCAUCAUGUCCCUCAAGACGGUGGCAGUGAUUGCCCUGCACCGCCUCCGCAUGGUGCUGGGGAAGCAGCCUGAUCGCACGGCCUCCUUUCCUUGCACCUUGCUCCUCACUCUGCUUCUCUGGGCCACCAGUUUCACCCUCGCCACCUUGGCGACCCUGAAGACCAAUAAAUCCCACCUCUGCCUUCCCAUGUCCAGUCUGGUGGCUGGAGAAGGGAGAGCCAUUCUGUCUCUCUAUGUGGUCGAUUUCACCUUCUGCAUCGCCGUGGUGUCUGUCUCCUACAUCAUGAUUGCACAGACCCUGAGGAAGAAUGCACAGGUCAGAAAGUGCCUCCCUGUCAUCACAGUCGAUGCUUCCAGACCACAGCCUUUCAUGGGGGCUCCUGGCAAGGGAGGCGGAGAUCCCAUCCAGUGCACCGUGCCGGCCCUCUACAGGAACCAGAAUUACAACAAACUGCAGCACGUUCCCACGCACGGGUACACCAAGAGUCCCAACCAGCUGCCAACCCCUGCAGCCAGCCGACUCCAGCUGGUAUCAGCCAUCAACCUCUCCACUGCCAAGGAUUCCAAAGCCGUGGUCACCUGCGUGAUCAUUGUGCUGUCGGUCCUGGUGUGCUGUCUUCCGCUGGGGAUUUCCUUGGUGCAGGUGGUCCUGUCCAGCAGUGGCAGCUUCAUCCUUUACCAGUUUGAACUGUUUGGGUUCACCCUAAUAUUUUUCAAGUCAGGAUUAAACCCUUUCAUAUAUUCUCGGAACAGUGCAGGCCUGAGAAGGAAAGUGCUCUGGUGCCUCCAGUACAUUGGCCUGGGGGUUUUCUGCUGCAAACAGAAGACUCGACUUCGAGCCAUGGGAAAAGGGAACCUCGAAGUCAACAGAAACAAAUCCUCCCAUCAUGAAACAAACUCUGCCUACAUGUUGUCUCCAAAGCCACAGAAGAAAUUUGUGGAUCAGGCUUGUGGCCCAAGCCAUUCAAAGGAAAGUGUGGUAAGUCCCAAGAUCUCUGCUGGACAUCAGCACUGUGGUCAGAGCAGCUCCACCCCCAUCAACACUCGGAUUGAACCCUACUACAGCAUCUAUAACAGCAGCCCUUCCCAGGAGGAGAGCAGCCCACGCCACUUGCAGCCAAUAAACUCUUUUGGAUUUGCAAGCUCCUAUAUUGCCAUGCAUUAUCACACCACCAACGACCUAAUAAUGCAGGAGUACGACAGCACUUCAGCCAAGCAAAUUCCAGUCCCCUCCGUUUAAAGUCAGGGAGGCCAGAGAAUCUUGUGCAAAUGUUUUUUUUUUUGCCUUCUCACACUGUUUGAUUUUUGAGAGCCGCCGCAGAUCAAAACUUAAAGAUUCAGCCGAAAAGUUGGCAGUUGGGACUUUUCUUUUUUCUGAAAUAUUAAUGUCUUGAUUUGAUUUGUAAUUUCUUGACAUUUUAAGAUAUGAUGUAAAAGUUUAUUUAGCUUUUUAACCCAGACCUGUUACCCAGUCUUUUGUGCUGAACCUUUAAAUAGAGGCCAGGAAUGGUGAUAUGUUCAAGUAGGAAAUCGACUGGUUGUAAUUCUCUGAGUCAGUAUUAUGGGUCUACAAAGAUAUUGCUGGAUUUUUUUUUUUUAAUUUUAUUUUGGUGCUGGGGAUUGAACCCAGGCCCUUGCACAUGCUAAGCAUGAACUGUAGCACUGAGCUGCACUCUCAGCUCUAGAUAUGGAUUAAAAAAAAAAAAAUAGACGAACUUGAAGGUAUGAGUUGAUUUUUUUGUUUGGUUUGGUUUUUGUUUUCUUGGUAUGGGGGACUGGACUCAGAAGUACUCUAUCUCUGAGCUACAUCCUUAACCCUUUUUAAAUUUUAUUUUCAGACAGGGUCUUGCUAAGUUGCUAAGUUGCUGGCCUCCAACUUGUGAUCCUUCUGCCUCAGCCUCCUGAAGGUGUUAUUCUUUAAGAAUGUAAAAUUUGAUUCUUUGAAGUCCUGAAAUAGGGAUUAAUACACUUUUUGGUAAGCAGGUUUAUUUGAAUAAAAAUAACAUUGUUAAAACAAAAAAAAUCACAAAUAUGAUACCUAUAUUUUUGUCCUUCUCAAAAAUUCACACACAAGCAUUAAGUACUUUCCUUUUAUAAGACACUCAACUAAGAAUUUAGUGUAUGAUUAUUGCCAUUUCUUAUUAGAGACAUUAUUAUUCUGUGUCAGUUGGGGUAGCUGUAUAGUUCUUUAAAUUUUUUAUUUUUUGGUACUGGAAAUUUAACCCAGGGUACUUUACCAUUGAGCUACAUCCUCAGCUCUUUUCAUUUUAUUUUUAUUGAGACCAUGUUUCACUAAUUUUUUGAGGGUCUCACUAAGUUGCUGAAGCUGGCCUCAAACUUGUUAUCCUCCUGUCUCAGCCUCCCUAGUUGCUGGGAUUAUAGGUAUGCACCACCGCCUCUGGCUGUAUAGUUCUUUUCAAAAGAAAGAUAUUUUAGCUUGUUACAAGUGAAUUACUAUAUUUUGGAACGAUCUUAUCCAAGAAUCCUAGUGCAUGGGGACUGCCCCUAUAGUAGAGGCAUUGUUCUUAGAGAGGGUUGUUAUGUGGGAGGCAGUGUGAACUAUUGUGUCAUUCAUUAGGCUAUCUUGGCAUAGAGAUGGGAUUGGGAGGUUUUCCUACAGUGUAAGAAAAUUUAUUAAGUACCUGUCAGUAUUCAAGUAACUACUUAGAAAUAACUCCUUUUUCUUUAUUUUUGUAUCAUUGUGGUAAAAAAAAUUAUCAAGGUGAUAUAUUUUUAAACUAAUUGUUUUAUUUUUCCUCCCACUAAUCUUUUUUUUUUUUUUUGCCAUAAUGGGGAUUGAACCCAUGGCCUUGUACACACUAGCAGCCACUAAGCAACAUCCCCAAUACCCCACUCUUUUUUUUUUUUUUUUUUUUGAGCCAGGGUCUCUUACUAAAUUGCCCAAGCUGGCCUCAAACUUAUGGUUCCCCUGCCUUGGCCUCCCAGUAGCUGGGAUUACAGGAGUACGCCCCAUGACUCCCAGAACCUUAACCUGGAAACUAGAUUAAGUAUCUCUGUACCUGAAACCAAUUUUAUUCUAUACUCUGUGAUUCUUAGGAUAACAAUGAGUAAAAUUUUUUCAUUAUACAGUCAGUACUUGAUCUCACUGGAAUUUUGGAACUCAACUAUUAGACUCAAGCAUCACACUCCAAAACCUAUCUUUAUGAACUGUUGUAUUCAAGAAUUACUGUUGCACAUUGGGAAGUACUUUGUUCUUUUGAAUAGCGCCCCUCCCUGAGCCUGUUCCUAAGUAGAGGUCCAGGGAGGCCUGGGACAGAGAGUAGAUUUUCAACUAGCGUUCACUUUCACCUCAUCUAGUGCCUCACACCCUCCAGUAUUUACCCGGUCAUUUCUAUUUCUGAGAUUUAAGUACGAACUAUAGGAUUUAUUUGGUUUUUAAAUUCACCUUUCAGGACUGACUACCCUACCUACUCCUUUUCUCUCUUCCUCUUUCCUUUCUCUUCCUUUCUUCCUUUGGUUUUGCUAUCGAAUUUUAUAACAGAAGAUAACAUAUUCACUCUCUCACCAUUUUUUUUGGGGGGGUGGGUAAUUGAAUGCUAUUUUUGGAAGUCCCUAUUACCUAUUUCAAUUGUGCUUUUAUAUUUUAAUACAACACUGCACUUAUUUAUUAAUACUCCCAUGAGAUAGGUUAAUAUAUACCCCUUUUUAACAAAGAAUUAAGAAAUCUAACAUCCUCUUCCAAGACGAUUUGAAGGACUGUGUCAAAUUAAGAAUCAGAGCUUUGUCUUAAGUCAGAAGCUAGUGGUCCAAUCAACCAAACACCUUUUAUAAUUCAUAACAUAAGUCAAGAAGAUACUUCCCACUUUUUUAAGGUAUAUGUUUUUGGACAGGCAUUUCAAAUGUGAUUUCAUAAAAGGUUAUAACAAAAGCAAUUUCUAUGUAUAAAAUUUUAAAUGUCAGAUUUCCUGUGUGACCUUUGAGUUUGAGAUGUUUUGACCAGCAUGGGGCCCUUCUUUGGGAAGUAAAAAUUAUAGCAUAAAGAAAACUAAGCAUGUGCAUAUAAGGUAUUCAGUUCUUUAUGCUCUUCAAGAAAUUAUUGAUUUAACUUGCAUGAAAUACAUAGUGAGCUAGAUUCUUAGCUCCCCUUCACAUCUAUAUCUGUAAGUAGAUAUAGAUAUUUGGACAGAACUUGUCUCUACAUAAGUUAUGUAUGUCUGUCUAUACCUAUAUAAUAGUAAUAAGGUAUAGAUAGACAUAUAUAACUUGUCUCUUUAUAAGGGCUAAAAUGAGAACUAAGAGUAAUGAGAAUUCAAUUGAAUAUGAUUAACUUGCAGGGUAUAUUAACUAGUUCUCUUGAUGCUUUACUGUGAUGCAAAGUAUGUGAGGUCUUUAAAACAUUUUAUAAUAAUUGUUCUUAUGUUAACCAUUAGGCCAGAUUUGUAUUUCUGAUGCUUUUAAUGUACUUUUAAAAUAAAGUUUGGAAAAUAAAAAUAUUGAAAAUCCUAA